AUGGAGGAAGAACCCUUUGAAGUGCUCAACCAUUUUGUUUACCACCCCAAUCACAUAUUGGUCCCUUUAAAUGCUCGUUAUUAUGAAAUUGGAAAAGUGAUCAAUGCGAGCUUCCCUGUCUCCUGGCAACCGUAUCUAAGGGAUCCGGAAGGUCUUCUUUUGAAAUAUCUCAUGAAUUGGAUUCUGAAGGCAGAGAAGGAGGCGUUUGCAAUGUCUGAAACCCUGGACGUCUACCAUGACAGAGUUGGAGAACUGAUCAAUCAUGCAGUUGAUGAUACACAUAUCGUAAAGACUGUGUUGACUCCAUGGGCCAGUGUUGAUGAGGAUAGUCCAUUCUACAACAUCACACAACUCAUCGCGAACAUGUUCAACGUAUGCAAACUACACAACGACAUGCAAAUAUCUGAAUGGAUACUGUAUGUGACUUGUGGCAUGAUGAAUGUUCCAGAACCCUUGCCUUGUCGAGAACAACUCAUGCACCAUAAUCACAUGGAACAUCGUCGAAGGUCAAUCUUCCGUCUUCUCAAGUGGACAUACCCCGAGCCAACUGACGAUGGAAAAGAGUAUGUUACUCAUGAUAUCUUGGAUUUCGGAGCGAAGGUGGAGGAGGGCAUCCAUAGCAGGUCUAGAACCCGGCAGCAGUAUCAUGAACGUCUUCAGAUGGUCAGAGACAAGUUGACCGAGAUGCGACGGGAGGAGGAAGAAUUUCAUGCGGCCUUUGAAGUCAAACUGUCUUCCAAUUGUCACUAA